UCGUCCCCCUUCCUGGAAACACACGACAUCCCCGCGAAAACAGACGGCGACCUGAUUAGUCCGCCGAAGCAUCAUACCUCAGCAAGCAAUCAACAUGGUUUCCCUAUGGCCAUGGAAGAAGGAGGACUCCUCUCCAGCUUCGUUCGAAAAGGCACUUUCGGCCCUCUCAGGAAGGAUCACCGUCACGCAGACCAGACUCGAGAAUGUCCGAUCGACCGCGCGACGAGUAAAGGGCCUUGCGACCCUUUAUCUCGGUUUCGCCUACCUCGUCUACGCCAUCGUUGCGCUUCUCGUCAUCGGCUGGAAAAACAUGGGUCCCCAGGAAUGGACAGGAAUGGCCGGCGGCCCGGUGAUCAUUUACCUCGUUCGCACUCUAUCGACCAUGUUCUUCGACUACCGGAUCAACGGCCUCAAUGCGAAACUUGAGUUCCUCCAGACCGAGCGAGCCAAGACCAUUCAGAAACUUAAGGACGCGACCCGGUACGACUCCACCCUCGAACUGCUCGAAAAGUACGGCGGACCGGAGAACAAGAUCAGGAGGCGUGCCAGUAAGAAGGGUGGCGACGAUGACAACGACGAAGAUGGCGCCCAAAGGUCCAAGAAAUCUCAGGGCAGACACGCAAACCGCAUCCACAUCGCGCCGCCUCCCACUGCCAACAUCCAGCGCCCCGGCGCCGUCGGUCCCAACAUGCCGCAACCUGGUGCUCCUCCCCGUGGCCAGCAAUUAGCUCCCUCGCCUAUGCCUCCUCACGGCCCGGAGCCGUCCGCCGAGUUCGCCCCGAACGCUUUUGAAACCAACCCUCGCGCGUCCCCCGCUCCACCGCACGCCCAAUACCCACUCGCCGCGGCCGCCAUGGCGGCGCCCACGGAAUCACACUGGUACGACCGCAUUCUCGACACGCUCAUCGGCGAGGACGAGACCGCGGCCAAGAACAGGAUUGUCCUCAUCUGCAAGAAGUGCCGGCUGGUCAACGGACAGGCCCCUCCGGGGACGAAGAGCCUGUCUGAGAUUGGCAAGUGGAAGUGCAUGUCCUGCGGGGCUGCCAAUGGCGAGAUGGACGAGGGAAAGAGGAUCGUGAGGGAAGUCAUUGGUGGAGGUAGAAGUGAAGAAUCUCUUGUUCACUCUCAGUCCGGUGACGAUGCGACUAGCUUGGGCAGUUUCGGGGAGGAGUUUGCUGAUGAGGAGUUGGUGGAUCGUAGCGAGGCUGCGGAGAGCGACAAGGUGCAGGAGCGUCCGGAAAAGAGGCUCAAGAUGGACGGCAGCAAGUGAAGGGUUACCUAUCGUGUAGGAGGAUUGCGCGCUGCACACUUUUUUUCAUGUGUCAUUUUGGUUUCCGUUCAUCCAUCGC